AUGCGGUCCCUGGUUAUUUUUUCCUCGUUUAUUCUAGCCGCAUCGGCUCUUCAGACUCUUCCGCCGGUUCGGUGGACUGGAUCUGGUGGUGGUUCUUUUGACAUCGCUGCGAUCGAGCGGAGGAGUAUCUACAUCAGCGAUCAGUUUGCCUCUCGUCGCGAUGAAGAUGGGCUCACGCUUAUUCCGCCAUCGGCCAUUGAGUUCGCGGAUACGUUUCGCCAGGACCUGGAGGAAGUAACUGGGUCUUCCUGGGAGGUUCACACAGUGGAUUCGCUGCCAACAGACCGUCCAGGGAUCUUCCUCGACGGGGUAGAAGAAAGCCGACAGAAUGAAUUCACCUACGAAAAUGGGAAUCCCACCGAAGAAGGCUACGAGCUAGUCAUUCAGCACGAUCGUGUCGUGAUCAACGGAUCAGGUUCCCGAGGAAUGUGGUGGGGAACGCGAACAUUCCUGCAGAAGCUACUUGUCGCAAACAAAGGUCCUAUUCCGUCGGGUCGAGUCAUUGAUGCGCCGGCAUUCGCGACAAGAGGGUUUCUUCUAGAUGCGGGGAGGAAAUGGUACUCACCGUCUUAUCUAAAGGAGCUGUGCACAUAUGCCUCGUUCUUUAAAAUGUCUGAGUUCCAUUACCAUACUAGCGACAACGCGCCGCUGAGUCGCGGACACAAUGAGACUUGGAGCGAGGUAUAUGCGCAGUUUGCCCUGCGCCCCGAGAGCGAAGAGUUGCAGGGGAUAGUACAGCGACAAAACGAGACCCUGUCUCGUGAGGACUUCGAGGAUCUGCAGAGCCAUUGCGCGCAGCGCGGUGUGACUGUCAUCCCAGAGAUCGAAGCACCAGGCCACUGUCUUUUUGUCACGAAGUGGAAGCCCGAGUUGGCGCUGGAGCAGAAGGACCUGCUGAACCUCUCUCAUCUCGACACUAUUCCCUUGGUGAAGUCCAUCUGGGCAGAAUUUCUCCCCUGGUUCCAGACCAAGGAAGUCCAUAUCGGCGCCGACGAGUACGACGCAACCCUUGCAGACGUAUACAUCGACUUUGUCAAUGAAAUGGCAAAAUUCGUCGACGAGAAAUCGGGCAAGAAGAUCCGCAUCUGGGGAACCUACGAACCAUCCGAGACACGCACGAUAUCCAAGGACAUCAUCAUCCAGCACUGGCAAUACGGGCAGUCAGACCCGGUUGAGCUCGCCAAUGAGGGCUACGAGAUAAUCAACUCCGAGGACUGGUGGGCGUACAUGUCUUUGAAGAACGACCACAUGCCCAUCUACCCAGCGCCGUAUCCACAAUUCUUCAAUAACACGCGAGUGCUCAAUUUCGGAGGCGUAGACGGCUGGCAGUGGAACCCUUCUCUGUUCAACCCAUUCAACAUCACUGAACAACCAACUCAGAAACCCGUUAAGGGCGCCAUUCUAGCGGCGUGGAACGACAACGGCCCUGACGCAACCACCCAGCUUGAAUCCUACUACGCCAUCCGCAACGGCAUUCCUACCGUCGGAUCGCGCUCGUGGUCUGGGAAUCGAGGCCCCGUGCUCGAUGAAUCUAGCUUGUCAGCGUCAAUGAACAUCUUAACUUCCAAGGCCGUCGCUCAGAAUCUAGAUCGUCAGCUAGCGUCAGCGAAAAACAGUACCAGCCCUCUAGUAACCUGGUCCUCUUCUAACCCAACCAACAAAACCCACCUCGGCCACGGCAGCAAAGGCAUGAACUACACCCUCGACCUCACCGUGACCGGGCCAUUCACGCUCUCAUCCGCCGACACAACACUAAAUCUCUCCCCCAAUGGAAGUCUCACAUUUAUCUCCGACGGCUGGCCCUAUCCUCUCCGCUCGAUCGACGAAACAGACGGUUUCGACGAGGGCUACCCCGGCCGAAUCUGGACAAACGAGACGUCCUCGACGCACGAGGAAGUCAAGGUGCCGUUGAAGACGAAGCUGACGAUCCGGACGGAUGUGAUUGGGGGUAGUCGGGUGUGGGUGGAUGGGGAUUUCAAGGGACGGUUUGAGGUGUUUGUAUUCGGGGGCAAGAAUACGUUGUUUUCGUGGAGUCAGAUGGCGUUCGUGGCACCUUUGGAGUGGGUGCAGGGUGGUGUUAGGGGGUUGGAACUUAGGGGAUAUGAUGGGCAGCAUUAG